UUAAUGGGUAUCAUAGAUAUUCUUCUAAAGCACCCACCUCUUAAUCCUUCUGCCCCAGGGCCUUUACCAGUGUGUGACCAGGAACAGGGCAGGUGUGGCCUCCGAUGCUUUCAUCCUUAACAUUCCCAUGGUGGCAAAUUUACCCUUGCCUCCCGUCAACGUGAGUGCAGUGGCGAUCGAUCACGAAAGUGUGAACGUGAGCUGGAUGCCCUCACCUGAUAAUGUAUCCGGAUACAUCAUCAACUUUAUAACAGAUAAGCAAGUUCAGGAGUUGCAGUCCCUCACCAACCAGACUUUCGCUUCGGUCAACAAGCUGCUGCCGGGUCACACCUCCAUCUUCUACAUCAGGUCCUUCCUUAUCAGUGAUGGCUCGAAAAAAGGGCUGUUCAGUGAGGCUUCGAAUUAUAUCACCAUCAAGUUGAAAGAGGAGGUUGACAACACAGAUAAAAUCCGAAUGCCGGUGGUGACGCUAUACCCUAAAUCGCCCACCAAACUGUACGCGAACUGGACCCUCGUGGAGUGCAAGACCAAAUGUCCCAUCAUGCAGCAGAACAUUCAGUGGAAGAGGAAAAGAAAACACUACCAUCUGGAGGAGUUCUUGCAGCCAAACGUCACGGAGUACACCAUUAAUAAUCUGCAGCCAAACAAAUCUUACAAAGUGAGAGUCCUGUUGGCUACCAGUGCUGGCUACCCAGAACACAUGAUUCGGCUGCCCUGGUACACCGUCAGGAUGCCACGCAGCAGCUCUGACUUGCCACGGGAUAAUGUCUUCCUCAUCGUUCAUCUCUCCACUUGCAGCCAGAGGCCCACCGAGGUCUUGGUAAAUUGGACGCUGGACGCCUCACUGCAGAAGGAUCUUGCCAAUUAUCAUGUGUUGUAUAACACCUCCACCUCUGUCUGGCAAAAAGAACUCCCAACGACCGAAACUUCCCUAACACUCACAGAUCUAGUUCCGAGAACGUGUUACGGCGUGAAGGUCCGAGCCACCUACAGCACCGGGCGAAACAGCACCGAGUCUUACCUGAAGACCAUCUGCACACUGCCACAGCCUCCCCACAUCCUCUCCCAACACUCCAACACCAACAGGAUCAAAGUGAACAAGCUCAGGACCAAGGUGCUGAACACUACCAGCAUGCGCAUCACCUGGAAACACACGCCGCGGAAGAUCCAGGUCGACUUCUACACCAUUAGGGUCGAGAACGUUGAAUCAGACCCGAACAGCCAAACGGAAACACCCGAAGACAAGCGGAGUGAGGUGAAGGGGACGCAUUUGGAGGCCGCGGGAAGAGGUCCUCGCAGCCCACAGCCGACGAAAUACGAAGAUUCCCGAGACACGGACCAUGAGGUCAAGCUGUACCGAGUCACCAACCGGAAGAUGACGGUGACGAGCCUGAAGCAGGACCACAACUACAAGGUCACCGUCACGGCCUCCACCACCACGCUCACAGGUCACUCCGCCACCACCUACGUCACUCCAGAUGAAGGAGUUCCCACGGCGCCGCUGAACGUGACGUGGGUUCCUGCAAGCCCGAAAGAUGCCGUUCUCACCUGGAGCCCUCCACGCCUCAUCAACGGCCGUUUAGUGCACUACCUGGUGAAAUUUUCUCACGAUCAGCAAGAGUGGCGCAACCAGACCGUCCCUCCUGACUCCACCACCACUCAGAUCCAGGACUUGGUCUCCAAUACCAAUUACACGGUGCUCAUUGCUGGGAGGACAGGGAAGGGCGUGGGCGCCUCAACCACUGUCUACAUCUACAUCCGGGCAACCCUGGAACCCGAACUGCACAGAAAUACUGAGUCAGUGGCAGUGAUCAGCGUGGUGUCCUUCCUGGUGAUAGUAACCUGUGUUGUAGCAGUCUUGCUCUGCCUCAGGAUCCUGCGCCUCAGAAACAACUCUCCGUCAGUGUUUCAGGGUAAUGGGACAUGCCGCAUGGUGUACGUCAAUGGGGUAAAGUCCUCAGGCAGGGAUCAUGGAACAGAACCUGAUGAUUACAAGCCCAUGCUAGCCACUCUACCUCCCGCCACACAGAACCAACACUGAGAUACGAAGGGAGGUCCUGGUUCGCAUGACGAUGGCAUUGUGGCUGACAGCUUAUUCGACCCCAGUGCAAAAUGAACCAGGUAGCGUUUAGCUCUCACUCUUCUGCUGUUCCAUACGAGUCACUCGACUAGGGGUGUGAGUGGUGCUUGAUGCCACCCUUAACUUUCCCUUCCCACCUCCAGGAUGACGGGACAAGCGAGGACAUGGGUCCUUUGCGGGACGGUCUCAACCACCACAGGAUGCUGGACAUCUUGGACGACAUUGACGAUGUUGAUGACGGCUCCAAGAGGUUGCUGCAGACCGUUUCAACAACACAAGCGGUAUUUUUCAAGAAUAUGAAAGAAUUCAACCUAUGGUCUAUGUAUAACUCCUCUCAGGUUGACCACCACUCCUCACCUGAUGGCGCUGGGGUGGCCCCAGCAGUUUCCUCCUAGAAUUGCAUUCACGGGUGAAGGCACGGGUUUAGAGAGUACGAGUUGGGGGUUUGAGGAACCCCAUCCAAGUAAGAAAUAAAUGUAUAUUGGGAGGGAGUUUAACUUGUGGCAUGAGAUUAAGAUUAAUACUUAACUUUGGUCAGAAUUUACUUGUUGAUACUAAUACGAGACAGGUUCUGGACCUGGCCAUCCCGAUGCCACACCAAGUAUUGCCCACCAUCAUGUGUCCGCACUUCGUGUGAUGAAAGUAAUCCACUGAAAUGAAUUUUAUCAACUGACAAAAUGAAAUGGGACUGAAUUAU